AUGACAAACAAUACGUGGGAUUAUAUAAUGUAUCAAUAUCAUUUUGAGAACAAUAAUAACAAUAACAACAACAAUGAAUUAAAUAAUUUUCGUAAUGAACAAUGUCGUUUUUCAUUUAUGUUUAUAGUAUUUUCUUUUAUUGCAUUAACCAUCACGAUAUGGAUGUUUACAUUGGCUAAUACAAAUAUGUCAAAAAAAUAUUUGGCACCCUAUUUAAUUAUUGGAUGUUUAAGUCUUCUAUUAUUUUGUAUAUUUUUUUGGGGUACACUUGUUUACUUGUUUAAAGUGUUAAAAACAAGUAAUAAUGAACAACAACAACAAAAACAAACAAAGAAAGUUCUAAAUGUUCAUUUUUCUGAUAGUCAAUCAAUAUUUCAAUCUCGAACGAUUAAUAAUGAUAAUCAUAAAACAUUUGAUGAUAAAAUAUUACAUUUUAUGACACACAGUGACGUCUAA